GCACUGAGGAGGCGGGUGUACUUGUGUCUCUCUGUGUGUGUGUCUCUGUGUGUGUUUUGCAGAGCUGUUGGACCUGAAGCAGGAGAAGGAGUCCUCCCUUGGACCACAGACUAGGCGCUGGCAGGAGAGACAGUCGCUCUCCGCGCAUCCUUGGUGCUGAACUGGAGCUGCGUGGAAGGAGCUGUCCGCUGGCUCUUGGUGCUGAAAGCCCCACCGCAUCCUGGACUAGCUCUCCCCAUCUCCAGCAGGAUCUUCCAUGGGAGAAGGAGGACCACCACAAGGGGACAGGAGGAGGAUGAUCUGAACUCAACACCCGGCAGCUGAGCCUCUCUCCAAGCCGGGGGACACCUCUCUCUUCUCUUCUAACCCCUCCACUCCUUCAGCUUUCCCCCCCAACUACAGCCCAGACAUGGCUUUCAUGGUGAAAUCGAUGGUGGGUGGGCAGCUGAAGAACCUGACAGGAGGACUAGGAGGAGAAGAGAAAGGAGGGGAAGAGAAGUCCCCUGCAGAAGCCCAAGGGAUGACCAGGGAAGAAUAUGAAGAAUACCAGAAGCAGCUGGUGGAGGAAAAGAUGGAAAGAGACGCCCAGUUCGCCCAGCGCAAGGCAGAGCGAGCGACGCUGCGGACCCACUUCCGAGACAAAUACAGAUUGCCCAAGAACGAAACAGAUGACAACCAAAUCCAGGUGGUUGGGGGCGACGUGGAGCUCCCGAAAGAGCUGGCGAAGAUGAUCGAGCAAGACAAUGAAGAAGAAGAGGAAAAGGACUCUGUUAUCGGGCAGCUAACCAACAUCCAGAACCUGGACAUAGAUUCCUUGAAGGGUAAGGCCCAGGCCACGCUGGAUGACCUGAAGCAGUCUGCUGAGAAAUGCACCGUUAUGUGACCCCAACGUUGCUCACCGGCAGGAGAAAAGAAAACCCAAAAUUGUACACAUGUUCCGUAGUGGAGUGGUUGGGGCGAUGUCCAUGGGAGACCAAGGAUGGUUGGUGGUUUAGGAAAACAAUCCAGCAGACCCCCUCCAUUGAGUGUGUCUUCCUUGCCGGUGUGUGAGCUGGAUACCUUUUUUAAUUUCUAUAAGCCACAGUUCUCUUCUUGUGACAGCUGUCUGACCUGUCCCCAUCCCUGUAAGUGAACAUGAGGUGUGUGUUUCAACAGUCUCAGGUUAGAACCCAACGUCUUGUUGUCCUCCUUCCGUGAUGGCUGUUCUCUGUGGCACGUUUUUGUUCCAAGUGCCACCUCUCUCUCCCUCGUUCUUGUUCCCCAUGUUGCCCUCUCAGUGGUGAAGGAAGAGAGCCAUUUACUGUCCUAGAACUACACACAUAUGGGCUGUGUAGUUAAAUUGAAGAGGAACCAACUCCUCCCUGAAGGAGGAUUAUUAUUAUUUAAUUAUUAUUAUUACUAAUCCUUUUGCCUUCAUUCUGAGUUAAACAAAGUAGAUUCAAAGCAAAGGGGGUUGGUCAGAGGUAGACAUUCAGCUCCUUGAAAAAUAAGUCAUUUGGCCUCAAGGAAUCCAAAUCUGGGGGAUCAAACGGCGACCAUUGUGUCUUCCAGAUUCAAGACAUUGGAGGGGAAAAUACCCCUAUCUUCCUCCCCCAGGUCCACACUCAUCCAUAGCAAUACGGAGAAACAGUGACAAUACUUUGCACUUAAAAAAUAAACAACAAACUUGGCACCUCAGAGGUCUUUACAAAGGAAAGCAUAGUUGUGUCAUCCCCAUUUUACAGAUGGGAAAAACUGAGGCACAAAGGCAAUCCAGCUUCUUGCCUCUAGGUCAUGCAGCAGGAAAAGGAUGGAAGCCCAAUCGGUUGGUGCCCAGUCAGCCAAAGGCAACGGAUGCCCUGUGGGUACUGUUUUGUUCCAAUCCCAUGUGUAACACAACAUUGUGGGUACUCCCGUUGUCCUUGCUUCCAACGUCAGGAGGGGAAAGGUACAUUUACCUAUGUGUAACGAAAUGUGGCAAUCAGUCUGUAUGUUGUGCCGUGACUAUGCAGUGUUUCUGUACGAGCCUCUACCUGCUAUGACAAACCCCCCUUCUCCCACAUUUCCAUGGUACUGUUAAAACUGGUGGAAUAAAUGCCAAGAAUUCUCUAUG